GCGGCGGCCCCGGACGAACCAGGACGCCGCUCUCCGUCGGUGGACGCUCUGCCCGCCAGCCCCGCGUCGCCUCGGCGGCCUCCGGUUCGGGGAAGUGUUUCUAGGAGACGGCGAUAGCCGGCCGCGCCUGCGUAGUUGACGCUACCGGGGGCGGGCUGACGGACCCGAGGCGCUGGCCCACGGAGCGAGUUCUCGCUGGCUCUGGGUCGCUGUCGCCGCCUGGCUUCUCUAGCUCCAUGGUACUCCCGUGAGGCUGCUUGCCGGCAUACGUCUCCUCGGGAUGGAGCACAUCCGGACGACCAAGGUUGAACAAGUAAAAUUACUUGACCGAUUCAGUACCAGCAACAAGUCAUUAACAGGGACGCUGUAUCUUACAGCCACACAUCUGUUAUUUAUAGACUCUCAUCAAAAAGAAACCUGGAUAUUGCACCACCACAUCGCCUCGGUAGAGAAACUUGCUUUGACUACUUCAGGAUGCCCGCUUGUGAUUCAGUGCAAGAACUUCAGAAUUGUGCAUUUCAUUGUUCCCAGAGAAAGAGAUUGCCAUGAUAUUUACAACUCUUUGCUACAACUGUCAAAACAAGCAAAAUAUGAAGAUCUAUAUGCAUUUUCUUAUAAUCCCAAACAAAAUGAUUCAGAACGACUACAAGGCUGGCAAGUCAUUGACCUUGCUGAGGAAUAUAAAAGGAUGGGAGUGCCAAACUCACACUGGCAGUUGUCUGAUGCCAACCGAGAAUACAAGAUUUGUGAAACUUAUCCCAGAGAACUUUACGUUCCCCAGAUAGCAAGCAAACCAAUAAUUGUUGGUAGUUCCAAGUUCCGGAGCAAGGGGAGAUUCCCGGUUCUUUCCUACUAUCAUCAAGAUAAGGAGGCUGCCAUUUGUCGAUGUAGUCAACCACUGUCAGGAUUCAGUGCCAGGUGCCUGGAGGAUGAACAUUUGCUUCAAGCCAUCAGUAAAGCCAAUCCAGUCAAUCGCUAUAUGUAUGUGAUGGACACCAGGCCCAAACUGAAUGCAAUGGCCAACAGAGCAGCUGGAAAAGGUUAUGAAAAUGAAGACAACUAUUCUAAUAUUAGAUUUCAGUUUGUUGGAAUUGAAAAUAUUCAUGUCAUGAGGUCCAGCCUUCAGAAAUUAUUGGAAGUCAGUGGUACCAAAGGCCUUUCUGUCAAUGAUUUCUACUCUGGUUUAGAGAGUUCGGGAUGGCUUCGCCAUAUCAAAGCUGUUAUGGACGCUGCGAUCUUUUUGGCCAAAGCAAUAAUGGUUGAAAAUGCAAGUGUGUUGGUACAUUGUUCUGAUGGUUGGGAUAGGACUUCCCAGGUUUGUUCCCUUGGUUCUCUUUUAUUGGAUUCCUACUACAGGACAAUCAAAGGAUUCAUGGUAAGGAUUUAUUCACUUGUACUUUCUGGGGGGGUUAGGUGUGGCCAUUUGGACGGUGACCCAAAGGAAGUCUCACCAGUGUUUACUCAGUUCUUGGAAUGUGUGUGGCAUUUGACAGAACAGUUUCCACAAGCCUUUGAAUUCAAUGAAGAAUUUCUUCUUCAGAUCCAUGAACAUAUUCAUUCAUGCCAAUUUGGAAACUUUCUUGGAAAUUGCCAGAAAGAAAGAGAAGAACUCAAGUUGAAGGAGAAGACUUACUCUCUGUGGCCAUUUCUUUUGGAAGACCAGAAGAAGUACAUAAACCCUCUCUACAGUUUCAAAUCUCAGAGAUUUACAGUUUUGGAGCCAAAUACAGUAUCUUUCAAUUUUAAGUUUUGGAGAAAUAUGUACCACCAAUUUGAUCGAACACUGCAUCCUAGGCAGUCUGUAUUUAAUAUAAUUAUGAAUAUGAAUGAGCAAAAUAAACAGUUACAGAAAGAUAUUCAAGACCUAGAAUCUAAAAUUAAGCAACGCAAAAAUAAACAAACAGAUGGCGUCCUCACCAAGGAAUUGUUACAUUCUGUUUGUCCUGAAUCACCUACCCUCAAAACUUCCCUGCGUUUUAAAGAGCAGACUCUGCUACCUGUGAAUGAUGCUCUUCGAACUAUAGAGGGCAGCAGCCCAGCAGAUAAUCGGUACAGUGAAUAUGCAGAAGAGUUUUCCAAACCAGAGCCUGCUGUGGUCAGCUUAGAGUAUGGAGUGGCAAGAAUGACUUGUUAGACUGAUAGAGUGUUUUCUGGACUGACUGUAAUACAAGAAAUGGAUUAUUGUGAAGAUGGUCUAUGCACAUGACCAAAAGGAAUCUGUCUAAUAAUGAUCCUAGGGUUUAAUAGUAGGCUAAUAGUUCAAGAAAGGAUAAUAACUGCUCUUGUGAGAGAAAUAAGUCAGCUUAAUUGCAUUUCUAGCAAGGAAUGGCAUUUAGUUCUGUAAGAAAUGAAUGGUAUUUGGUGGAUUUAUUCAAAACACAAUUUGCACUAUAUACUAGUGAAUUGACAUUUCUGUAUGAUUUAUAUGUUAAUUGCAGCCAAACACGAAUAGCCUUCCUUAAGUAUAACUUAGAGAAAAUAAAACUUUACAGAAUGGUUCCUUAAUAAUUGACAUGGCAUGUACUUUCAGUUA